UUAUUUAUUUAAAUCUAAUUAUUUAUUCUAUUUAAAUUGGAAAAGUCUCAAAGAUAUGAAUAGUAAAUGAAAAAAAAAUAUUAAUUAAAUUACACCGAAAAUAUUAGAAACAUAAAAACAGUUGAAUAUGAGUUGUAAGUUUAGAGUUGAAGACUUAGUUAUUGUCAAGUUGAGAGGACAUCCUGCUUGGCCUGCAUUAGUUAAUAAAAUAGAAGAAAAAGGCAAAUCCUACACAAUUAAUGUAAUUUUUUAUGGAUCCAAAGAACAUGGAAAGUGUAGGCCUAGUGAACUAAGUAACUAUGAGGAGAAUAAACAUAAAAUUCUUAAUGGAAAGAAAAUUACCAAUGAAACUCUUGUUGUAGCGGUAAAAGAAAUUGAAGAAGAACUCAGGUCAAGAAAUAAAUUUAAAACUAGAAAAUCUAUGGAAAAGGUACAUAAUUCUCCUAAACCAAACGUAUCUAUGAACCUAUCAUCAAGCUUUACAUCUAUUUAUGAACUCAAUAAUACUAAGAAAUCCUCCACAGAAGAACUUGUAGCAAACAAGAAAGAUGUUGGGGUUAACACUCCAGAUUUUUUGGACAUACACUUUCAACUAAAUGCACUGACGGAUAAAUGUAUACAGUUAGAAAAGGAAUUGUCAGAAGAAAAACAAACAACAGCAAAACUGAGAGAAAAGCAAUUACUUACUAAAAUGGCCGAAAAUGAGGACUUCCACACAAAAAUACUCAAACAAGAACUAAAAUCCGCAAAAUGUGAAAUAUUGAACUUAAAAACUACAGUUGAGUUGCUUCAGUCUGAUAACAAAAACUUAUUACUUGACGUUGAAAAACAAAGCAAGAACCAAUGUUUAACCUGUUUUCCAUCUUUGUCAAACAAAAAUAAAACCGAAAAUGAAAUUGGAAAAAAAUACAAAUUAAAACCAAACCCAACAGCUGUACAGGUACCCCAACCUGAAAAAGGUCAACUUCUAAUAUUUGCGGAUAGCCAUGGAAAAGGGCUCAGUCAUCUCAUACAGGCAAAGACCUCAGUUAGUGUUUCUGCCUGUGUUCGCCCAGGUGCAAGACUCAAUAGAGUUGUUGAGGAAGCAAAUUCAAUGUGUAAAAACUUUACAAAAAAAGAUUGUGUCCUAGUAAUUGGUGGAGCAAACAAUGUAGAAGUAAUGGGUGAAAAGCGUAUUGUAGAAGAACUUAAAACUGUCACCAACUACCUUAGCCACACGAACUUGGUACUGGGUAGUUUUCCCAUGAGACAUGACAAGCCGAGCCUAGACCUAAAAGUUUCACAAAUAAACUUGGAAAUAAGAAACCUAGUAAAGAAUUCCUCCACUAACGUGCAGCUUUUGCCCCUCGAUGAUCUUCCACGCCACUAUUUCACUGCUCAUGGCCUACAUUUAAAUAAAAAGGGAAAAGUUAGCGUAUCUGACAUGGUUCACAACUUACUUUUAAACAUUAAAAAUGAUUUCUGUUCAACCGCAACCACUUCAAAUCCACCUCAAGUAAUUGAAAAUGAACCUAAAUUUAAUAAUCCACCUCAAGUAGUCGAGAAUGAACCAAAAAUUGAUUUAACUCACACAACCACUCCAAACAGUACUCUAAAUUCUUUGCUUUCAUCAACACCUUAUUUUACCAACAACCAACAAGAAGGUACUAUAGUAGUACAAGAAAAACAUAUGAGUCUUGCCAUCUACGAAAACCAAAAAGACAACACAGUAGGUUUUGCCCACUGCAUCUCGGCAGAUUUUCAUUUGGGUGCAGGUGUUGCAGUUGUUUUCAAGAACAAGUUUGGAAAACCUGAAACAUCAAAUCUGGUCGACAGUCGGCUCACUCUACAAAAGAUUGAUGAUGGAGCUGUUGUGUACGGACUUGUAACUAAAGCUAUAUAUCACAAAAAGCCUACAGCAGCUGACUACAUCUCCGCAUUUAACCAAAUGACCAAAGACUUCAAAGAGAGAGGACUUAAGAGACUUAUAUGCUCGCCUUUGGGUUGUGUUAGGGACUGCCUGCCUCCUGAUCUUUUUAUUCACAAGCUUGUUGAAUUUCGUCUGACAACCAAUGCACAAGUUUUUGUUAUCACUCAUAAUGAACAACCAUAUGGGGUGCUGCGAAACGGACUAUCACAUGAGAAGUUUGUGAGUUGUUUACGCCAGCUAAUUUUGUCUUCUUUAAGUCAAGAGCUAAAACCUCCACCGUCAACACCUGACCUAAACAGCUGUUUGUCUCUCUCACAACCUUCAACGUCUUUUAAUGAGAGGAAAGAUGGCUCGACAGAUGUUCCUAACAUGAUGGAGAUAAGGUCUUUUCCAUCACUGCCUGCAUCUGCCGCUGUAAACCGCAGCAGUGACCAGCAAGUUAGGGAUGUGGAAACUGGUGACAGCUUGAAUAUGGAGGAUGAUGCCCUGAAUAUGCCUCAAGAGACAAGUGAAAGUGUUGUUGGUUUCAGGAAGUCAGUGCUCAAUAUUUCAUGUGAGGUUGGUGAAUUGAGUGAUAUUGACCCUUUACUUGGCUCUUCUACACCUGAAGCAGCGAUGUCAAGUGUACAUCGGAAAAAUUUUUUAGAAAAGGAAUUGAUCAAAAACAAUGUAGGUUAAAACUUGGUAAAUUAGAAAAAUGUAAAAAAAUUACCAUCUUCCAUCAAAAUGUACAAUACCUACCUACGAGAAUUGACCUUUUAGAAAUUGCUCUUGAUGAAUUGAAUCCCGAUGUUGUAGCUCUUAGUGAGCACAGUUUGAACGAAAAUGAAAUUUCUCGGCUUAAUGUAUGUAAUUACUCAGUAAGUUCUUUUUUUUGCCGUUCUAAAACUACACGAGGAGGGGUUAUGGUGUUAACUAAAAAUGGGAUCAAAAGUAAAAAUAUAAGUAAAUUUUCAAUUGACAAAUUAAUAACUGAAAAGGAAUUUGAAUGUUGUGUUUCAGAAAUUACCAUUGCAAAUGUUGAUGUUGUAAUUGUUUGCCUAUACAGAUCUCCAAAUAAUAGUCUAAUCAAUAACUUUUUUGAAAAACUGGACCAACUUCUGAAUGUUCUCUGCAAUAACUUUAGUAACAUUAUUAUCGCUGGGGACAUCAAUAUAAAUAUUUUAAAUAAUAAUCUGACUUUAAAGAGUUUUAGAAAUAUAUUAACUGAACAUGGAGUAUAUUAUGCAGUUAAUUUUCCUACUAGAUUUAGUAAAGAAACUGCAACAUCAAUUGACAACUUUAUAACCAAUAUUGAUAAAAAAUAUAUAAAAGUGGAGGGGAUUAUCACAGCAGUAUCUGAUCAUGACGGGCAAUUGAUGGAAGUUGGUAAUUUUUAUGAUACAGAUAGCAAUAAACAUAAGAAAUAUAGAGAAUUAACAAGAAAAUUUAGCGAAAGUAAUAUUGAAACUUUCUUAAAACUUUUAGGAUCAGAAAGUUGGGUAGAUGUUUAUAUGUCUGGUGUCAAUGACAAGUUUCAUACUUUCCAUUCUAUUUUUUUGCACUAUUUUAACAUUUGUUUCCCUAAAGUAUCUAGUCUAAGACCUAAUUGCAUAUCCAAAAACAAUUGGGUGACAGAAGAGAUUAAAAACGAAAGAACAGAUUUAAUUGAGCAAGAAAAGAUAUAUAGAAAGAACAAACAAAAUAAUAACUUAAAGCAGCUAAAAAUUAAAAAACGUGAUCUUAAACUAAAAAUUAUUCAAGCUAAAAAAAGAUUUUUUGAUAACAAAAUAAAAUGUUCAAGUAACGUUAACAAAACAACCUGGAAGUUAAUUAAUAUGCAAACUAGUAAAAAUAAGAAUUUAAAAGAAAACAUUAUGUUGCUUGAUAAAGAAAAACUGUUGUUGAAUCCAGGUAGAGUUUGCAAUGUUUUUAAUAACUUCUUCAUCAAUGUUGUGGAUCAGCAGAUAUCCCAUGGUGAUGAAGAUGUGCCUAGGUCCUCAAAUUAUUGUAAUAGAGAUUGGAAUCCAAAUUUUAAAGUAUUUCGAUUCAGUCAAGUUACACAACAGCAAGUUAAAAAAAUUGUCAGUUCAUUUAAUAAUAAAUAUUCUACUGGUUUUGAUGAAGUACCAAUUGUAAUAAUAAAAAAAGCAAUAAGGCAUUUAUUAAGACCGUUAACACACACAAUAAACUCUUCUCUAAUAUCUGGUAAAUUCCCAGAUGAACUGAAAACGGCUAAAAUAAUUCCUAUUUACAAAAAGGGAGAUCCUCAGGUGCCGGAGAGCUACAGGCCAGUAUCAUUAUUAUCGACGUUUUCUAAAAUAUUUGAGAAAGUUGUUAAUGAACAACUGUUAAAUUAUCUGUCAGAAAAUGAUCUUCUUGAUAAUCAACAACAUGGUUUUCGUCCAGGCAGGUCAACAAUUACUGCAUCAGUAGAAUUUGUGCAAAAUUUAAUAGAAGAAUUAGAUAAAGGUAACAGACCUUUAGGAAUUUUUAUGGAUUUGACUAGAGCGUUUGACAGCGUAAUUCAUGACGAACUUAUAAAUGUUCUGGAAGAUUUAGGCUUAAAAAAUAAAGAAAUAAAUUGGUUUCACUCUUACAUCAGUAACCGUAAUCAAUACGUUGAAUUAUCAUACUUAAUAAAUAAAGACAAAAUCAAUUUUGUAUCCGAAAAAAAGCUCAUAAAGUAUGGUGUACCACAAGGUUCAAUUUUGGGUCCCUUACUAUUUAUUUGCUAUAUAACAGGACUUUCUACAGUAGCAGAGGACAACAAAAUGUGUUUAUACGCUGAUGAUGCAAGCGUAAUUGUCAAAGGAAAGGAUCCUAAGGUAAUUGAAACAUCAUCUCUUAAUUGUUUGAAUAAAAUUAACUCUUUUUUAACUAAAAAAAAUUUGUUACUUAACCCCGGCAAAACACAUUUUAUACCCUUUAAAACACACCAAUCGAAGUUUAAUUUUCAAUAUGACAUUAAGAUAAAUAACCAAAAUAUAAUGAAGGUAGAGGAAACUUGUUUCCUAGGUCUAAUAAUAGAUCAAAAUUUAAGCUGGAAUCAACAUGUACAAACCAUAAUAAAAAAAGCAUCAUCUGGCCUGUACGCCCUUAGGCAAAUGGCAAACCUUUGUAACCAGGAUACUUUAAAACAAAUUUAUUUUUCUUUAAUACAUUCCCAUAUAAGCUACGGGAUCAGUGUAUAUGGAGCUACUUCAAAUAAAAACCUUGACAAAAUUCUUAUACUACAAAAAAAAUCAAUACGGUUAAUUCUAAAUUUACCAUGGCAAGCAACCGUUAAACAUUUAUUUGCACAAUUAAGAAUUUUAACUGUUU